AUGAAGAGCUCGGCUCCCCCGGGACCGCUGCCCGUAGCGGGCGGGCUCGUUCCCAGCGCGGCGAGGCCGAGCCGGCGGCGGUUGUGCCGGGAGCAGAGGGGACCUCGGCCGCCUUCCUCCGCGGCUUCUGCCGAGGCCCUUCCCCGGCUGCUCCGGCGCUGCCGCGCACCGGCUGCCGCUCUCGCCGGGAGCAGACAAAGGAGGAGAAACUCCCCCUCUGCGCCGUGGCGUGGGAGCGCGGGGGCCGCGCUGGCUGCUGCCUGUCGCCGCUGCCCGCCGCGGCCGCACAAGGCUGCAGUGUUGGGAGAAGAACAAAACCUUUGUCCCGCUCCAUCAAGGAAGCUGAGUCACAAGAACUGCUUAGUGAAGAAUCUGAAGAGUUUUCGGAAGCAGUUAGAAAGAGAAGCAGGAAAGCUUGAGGCAACACAAUGUGCCUUUAUUCCAAAGAUCUUCAAAAUGCUCAAGUACCUUUUGUUUGUGGAAGAAUUUUGCAAGAAUCCUGGCAUUGCUUGGAUUAUGAAACUGGUUGGCAGGUGACAAGGUGAAGGAAGUUUCCUGUUCUAAAAACUGAAGGAUAUCUUUGACUUGAGAAUUUAUGUUCUAGUGACAUCUUAUGUCCCAUUGAAGGCCUGGUUAUACAGAGGUGGAUUUGCUUGCUUUUCUAAUGUAUGAUUUACUCUGAAGAGCAGAGAUGAUCGCUAUGUUCAUCUCUCAAAUGUGGCAGUGCAAAAGACUGCAGCUGAUUCUGAUCCCAGGAAGGGCUGCAAGUGGGUGAUUGAGCUGCUUGGACAGUGAUCGACUGCCAAGCGCAGGACACGGUCGGUGGAAGUUCUCUUUGCAGAUAUGGACAAGACUUUCAUCUGGAGCCUCCAGAGUGUUCAGAAGGUGAUUAGCAGUGACAAACGCUGCUUUGAGCUCUACAGCUAUGACAUCCUGAUCCAUCAGGAUCUGAAACCCUGGCUUCUGGAGCUGAAUGCUUCACCUUCCCUCACUGCCAGUAGCCAGGAAGACUGUGAACUCAAGUGUCAUCUACUCAAAGACACACUUCAUAUUGUGGACAGGGAAGGCAGGCUGACGGGGAAGGAAAAGUGUGUUGGAGGUUUUGAUCUGAUGUGGAAUGACAGGCCUGUCAGAAGAGGGGGAGACCUGAGUACUCCGGUGAAUGAGAACGUCAUGGCAAACACAUAUUUAGGCUGUUACAAUGACAGGAAGAAACAACUGAAGCAGCUUUUCAGAAAUCUUCCUGCCCAGGAGAAAGUGUGAUGCUGAUCCCAAGCUUGGGAUGGGAGAGAUCACCAUGGAUGAAGUUUACUCUCUCUUCCUCA